AGCAAUUGCAGAGGAUACCAGCUCUUGGCGCUUUUUGCGCCCUUUUGCGAUCAGCGAUAUAGCGAUUAUUGCGCGCCCUUGCUCACUGCAUUCAGCGUUCGCCAGCUCGUGGCUAGCAGCCAUGGCGGGCGUGCUCGGGUUCCUGGAGGCGAUGUGCCUCACAGCAUUUGACGUCGCGCAGGGCGCUGUCUCUGGAGCGCUGGACCCCCUCUGCAGCAGCUGGGAGAAGCUCACACUUGAUGAGCUGCUGUUUGAGGUAGGGAGAGGGGCGCUGAUGGGAGCGCUGGGUGGUCUCCUUGGGGAGGAGGAGGGGGAGGGGAGGGAGAGGAGAAGGGAGGGGGAGGAGGAGGAUGGGGAGGAGGGGACUGUCUUUGUUGGGGGAGAGGAGGGAGUGGAGGAGUUUCUGGAGGAGGGAGAGGAGAGGGAGGAGGAGAUGGGGCGGGCCGAGGAGGAGAGCGGCAGCGUAUCUAUUGAGGAGGAUGCCGACCAGCGGGCGGCAUCCUUGCCAACCCUCGCAGAGGCGGCAGCCUCCCCCUCAGCUGUCCCUCUGGCCCCACGCGCCCCCGAGCACACCCACAAUGACGGUCAGAGGGACAGCGGCAGGGCAGAUGAGGCGCCCCUUGAGGUGUCCCUCCCGGACGAGCGACUCUUCAGUGGGGAUGCCUUUGCGGUGGAUCAGAUCCCAGCAGGGUUUAGCGACAUUUUCUCGGACCCUGCUUUUGACGCCAGCCGCGCCCCCCCUCAUACGGUCAGUGAGAGCAGAGGGCCGUCCAUCAUUAUCUUGGAGGGGGAGGAGGACGCCAUGUGGCGGACGGCGCUGCUGAGGGACUGGACGCAGGGGGAGCCUUCCACAUCGAGCGCCGUCGCGCCUGCCGCGCUCACGGCAGCCGGCCCUGGCGAGGACGCGGACUCGGUCCCCUUGUUUGAGAACGUUGUACUGUUGUGCCUGCUGGGGCGGGGUGGCCAAGGGGACGUCUAUCAUGCGGCGUGCUUCAACGCGGCCGGCAACUACUUCCCGGCUGCCGUCAAGCGAGCCAGGCCGAACCCCUCCACGGACACCAGGGAGGAGCAGCUCCGAGAGCUGAGCAGCUUGGUCGCUUGCCGCGGUUGCGCCAACGUCCUCCAGGCCCUCCGCUACCACAUAUUCGACGACGGGGAGCUGGGCCUGGUCUUGGAGCUGGCAGAAGCGCCCCCCUCGUGGGCGAAGCGCGGGGCUCCCGUGCAGCACACCCCCCCGGAGCUGCUGCGGGUGGCCAAGUACGCCUACCAGGGGGCGGCGGGACUGGCGGCCAUGCACAGCCGGGACAUGUUGCAUACUGACGUCAAGCCCGAGAACUUUCUGGUCUGUGGGGAAGUGGCCAAGCUGGCCGACCUGGGUUUCGCAGUCCGCGCCGACAGGGCCGAUGAGAUGGGGGCGUGCGGCACCCCGGGUUACAUCGCCCCCGAGGUUUACGUGGACGACCAGCACAGCAAGGCGUCCGACGUCUUUGCGAUGGGGGUCACCAUUUGGGCCCUCAUCACCGGGGAUCGCCCCUCCGAUUACUUCACGAACAAACAGGAAUGUAUCAGCUACUACGCCAUGGGCGGCCGCCUCGACUGGCCCGACGAGAUAUCCCGUUUCGGGGGGGACCUGGUGGACCUGGUGGAGGCCUGCUGA